AUGUCCCAGGUCCCUGUCACUCCACGCUCCAUAUGGCUACCUUCUCUUCUGCGCUCCCUCAUUCCUCCGCUGCCUGCGCUAGCCCCGUACAACACCCUCUCUAUUCCCUCCCUUGCGGCUCUAGCCCCACUGGAUCCCUCUCCUAGUCCCACCCCUCUUCUUCACCAUCGCUACGCUCUCCCUCCCUCGGCAGCCCCAAGCCUCGCCAGUCACCCCUCGCCAUGCGCCGCCUGCGCUCAUACUUCUCCCUCGGCUCGGGCGAGCGGAAUGCUCCAGCGUACGCUCGUCCUUCCUCCGCGUCGUUGGGAACGCUUCGUCUUUGGCGUCGUUGCGCCUCCCGCUGCCCCGCGCAGUGGGGGGUCCCUCGUCUUUGGAGCCAUCGCGCGUUCCGCCUUCCCGCACAGUGGGGGGUCCCUCGCCUUCGACGUCGUCGCGCGUUCCGCCUCCCCGCGCAGUGGGGGGUCCCUCGCCUUCGACGUCGUCACGAGUUCCGCCUCCCCGCGCAGUGGGGGGUCCCUCGUCUUCGGUGUCGUCGCGCGUUCCGCCUCCCCGCGCAGUGGGGGGUCCCUCGCCUUCGGCGCCGUCGCGAGUUCCGCCUCCCCGCGCAGUGGGGGGUCCCUCGCCUUCGGCGCCGCCGCGCCUUCCGCCUCCCCGCGCAGUGGGGGAUUCUUCGCCUACGUCACCGUCGUACGUUCCGCCUCCCUGCGCAGUAGGGGAUUCGCUUCCGUCACCGUCGCGCGUUCCGCCUCCCCGCGCAGUGGGGGAUUCUUCGCCUUCAGUCUCUUUUCGAUUGCCGCUGGCCCGCGCGACGGGGGAUUCUUCAAUUUCUUCCUCCCUAUCAUCAUCGCUCGCCGAGUCCAUCUCCACGUCGUCGUCGCGACGCCUUCCAUCCAUUCCGCGCCGGCAUCCCGCCAGAUCCCACGGAUCGCUGGUCGCGGGCCGCCUCCCGGGCUCCGAUCUGAUGUGCAGAUCCGCUCCGCGUCCUCCAGCGCGCACGCCCACUGGCGUCACCAGAUCUGCGCGAUACGCCGCCCUCCUUGGCGAGCGCGUCGGCGACCUCCCUCGCUCCCUUGA